AUGAGGCGCUCUAGCGAGAGGAGCUGGGGCGAGAAGUACAGGGGGAGAGAUAAUGGAGCUAGAGGGGGAUCAAAUGGAAGGGGUCAACCUAGGAACGCCCCGCAAGGAGGUCUUGCGAUAAUUCCCCAGGUAACUUGUGCGUAUUGCAAGAAACCUGGACAUUCCGAGGUCGGAUGCUGGAAGAAACAAGGAAAGUACUUGAAGUGCGGAAGCAGUGAGCACCAAAUUUUCGGUUGCCCAAAAUUGCAAGAAGAGGUUACCCCGAACGCUAGACCAGCCACUUCUGGAGGGAGCAGGCCGAAAGUUCCUGCCAGGGUGUAUGCUAUAGAUGACCAACCUGUACCCGAUUCCUCGGAAGUUGUAGAAAGUACUCUUCCAAUCUUUCAUCGAUUAGCUAGAGUCCUAAUUGACCCUGGUGCAACUCAUUCAUUUGUGAAUCCAACUUUUAUGUCCGGAAUUGAUGUGAAACCUGUUAGAUUACCCUUCGAUCUUGAAGUUAGGACACCUAUGGGUAAUAAGAGUAUAAUCACUAGCCUAGCCUAUAAGAACUGUGAAUUCUGGGUUGGAGAGCGUAAGAUGCUAGUAGACCUAGUCAGUUUGGACAUAAAAGGGUUAGCAUCGUCUGCUAUGAUCUCGGGAAUACGGGCGAGGAAAAUGUUACAUAAAGGAGCACAAGGUUUCCUAGCCUUCCUGAUUAACGCUCCUAGUGACCAAGUGAAGUUAGAAGAUGUACUAGUGGUACGGGAAUUUCCGGACGUGUUCCCUGAAGAAUUAAAGACAUUACCACCGGAGAGAGAAGUGGAGUUCAAGAUUGACUUGGUGCCGGGAACGGCUCCGAUUUCUAAGACUCCGUACCGAAUGGUUCCUGAAGAGUUAAAAGAGUUGAAAAUUCAACUGCAGGACCUACUGGAGAAAGGUUUCGUUAGAGAAAGUGAUUCACCAUAG